AUUCGGCUGCAAACAAUUUUUUCCCCAGAACCUCAGCCUUCCGACAUCACCGCCGACGCCAUGGCCGGCUCUCCCCGCCACCUCUCCCUCUUUCCCCUGCGCCUCCUGUUACUUCUUCCGCUGCUCGCUGCGGGUAAACCCGUCCUCGAGGACGGUUACACGGUCACCACCUUCGCCGACCUCAACCCGCUCCCGGCCUCCGGGCCACACCCCUACGCAGUCCUCCCGCGGUCCCGCGCCGGCGACCUCCUCCUCCUCGACUCCGCCGGCUCCGCGCUCUACACUAUCUCCCUCUCCUCCUCCCCCGGCGAGCCGCGCAGGCUGGCAGGGGGCAAACGAGGCUCCGGGUUCAACGACGGCGGGCCCGGCGACGCCGCCUUUGACCGCCCGCGCAGCGUCGCCGUCGAUGCCGCCGACAACGUAUACGUCGCCGACCGCCUCCAUGGUGCCGUCCGCAAGGUCGCGCCCUCCGGUUACACUACUACAAUUGCUGGAGGGUUCUCAUCAGGGCCUGGUCACAGGGAUGGACCAGCACAGAAUGCUACUUUCUCGCCAGAUUUUGCACUUGUUUAUGUCCCGAAGAUUUGUGCCUUGUUAGUAGCUGACAGAGGAAAUCGAAUGGUUAGACAAAUUAAUCUAAAGCCAGAAGAUUGUGCACAUGAAAAACAAUCAGGCUUGGGAAAUACAUUGGUGUCGUUCAUUGCAGUAUUGUGUACAUUGCUCGGUUCAUUGAUCGGAUUCUUAGCUCGUCAUUUUUACCCUGUCAAUGCAGGAAGUCUCCGUCAACCACUUUUUCAGCAGGAUACGGAAGCAAUUCCUGAGGACACAGAGGAAGGCAACUCCGAUCAGCUUCUGCGACAUAAAAAGCGCAGUUGCUAGCUUCGUGCCCUACACCCUCCUGCUGAAACUAGUAAGACUUGGUUCCGGUUAUCUACACGUGAUGUUAUCUAGUGUUAGGUUACAGCAAGAAGUUCACCGAAAGCCUUCUCGUCGACCUGAGUUACACAAGACCAUCAAUGCUCCUAACAUUGGUCUUAACAACAAAGCUCCCGUUCCUCCUACUGAGCAACUGGGUGAUCUGAUAAGCUUUGCCGGAGAUGCUGGUGUUAAGGAGGAUAGUGGUAAUGCCGAUAGUCAGGAGGGUAAGGUGUCAUCCUAUCAUGGUGACUUGAUGGGGCUUCCCUACACCCCACCGUGCAGCGUUAAGAAAAUUGAUCACAUGAUAGAGGCCAACCUAUCGAGCUUUUCAAGUCACGAGAAACGUUGUAGAUUAACUGUUAGUGGUUGUAGUGUAAGCAGGAGGGUGCAUGGAGACAAAUAAGAGGGUGUUUGGUUUGAUCAUGACAUGUAAUGUUACCCUGGGCAUUGUGGGUUCGUGUGAUGAUGCCUAAGAAUUCUGUUCUGGCAUAACAGCUUUGUAGCAAACCCAAUUACUCCAUAAUGUUCUCUUAUUGC